CCCUCCAGAAAAAUCCCACUUCCACAUAUUUUAGUAUUCUUUCUUUAUGUAUUCAGAAUGAAAAUGACUGUUUAACCAGAUUUUCUUGAUAAACACGCAGCGGUAAAAAUUAUUUGCGAUUUAUUAUACUCAAUACGCAUGCGCUUGGUUAAACCCCCUCUGACUUCCUGCCUCUCUCUGAUUGGUCCACGCUGCGGAAGUGGGUAAUGGCGGCGUAAACAACGUUUAGAUCGAUGGAGGAGCUACUGCUUGGUCGAGCCGAUACAGAAAAUAAAAUUUAGAAACACGGCUGUAAUUAUACAGAGCAUGUUGUCGGUAGAAGUGUGUACACCCAGUUGGCUAUUAACUAUUAAAACCCAACCGGUUUACUUCUUGGUGGCGUAAAGCCGCUAGUUUCGGCUAACUUCUAGUCUAGUCUGCUAGCUAACCUAACGGUAUAAGUAGAAGUUAGUUUCCAGAAAUGCACUGUAUCGUGACGGGAGGAAACGUGAAAGUGUUGGCCAAAGCCAUCCAUUCUCUGUCCCGUGUCGGUGAUGAGCUGUAUGUGGAGCCUCAAGAGGAUGGGCUGGCCCUGCGGUCUGUAAACUCUUCUCGGUCGGCAUAUGCUUGUUUCCUGUUCGCACCGCUCUUCUUCAGCAGGUACUCCAUACCCAAUGGGUACAACUUCCGCUGCAAGAUGUUAAUAAAGAGUGUGCAGGCCGUGUUUAGGUCUCUGGCAUCUCUGGAGAAGACGGUGGAAAAGUGUCACAUCCAACUGGAUGAGGAAAAGGACCGUCUCACGUUCACCCUGCACUGCAAACACGGCCUCUUGAAAACACAUAACCUGUCUUACCAGGACAGUGAAAGCUUACAGGCAGUGUUUGAUAAAGACAACUGCCCCAAUGCUUUCAGAGCCCAACCCAGGGUGCUGGUGGACACGGUGGUGCACUUUCCUUCAUCUGUGGAAGAAGUGACUUUAACAGUCAACGAAGAGCGGAUGUGGGUCAGGAAUCAUGUGGAGGAAGAAGCAGAGCAGUCCAAGGCAAUGCUGACGGAAAUGUGUCUGGCUUCAGAUGAGUUCGACCAUUUUGCCGCCCGGGUUCACAACAGCAUCACUUUUUGUCUGAAGGAGUUACGGGGUUUGUUAGUGUUUGCAGAGUCCACCGGUCUCCCUGUUUCUAUACACUUCGAUGAGCCGGGCAGCCCUGUGGUGAUUUCAGUAACAGACGGCGUCCUGGAGGGGAACUUUGUGCUGGCCACGCUCUCCGAUGAUCCCAGCCUCCAUAAAAACAACAACACAGGAUCGCACUCCCGGCCGCCGCCCCCUCCCGAUGACUUCAUGAAUGAUGACAUGGAUUCCUAUCUAAUUGCAAUGGAUACCAGUUUCGCAGCAGGUCCCUCAACUGCAGGUCCACCCAAGCCUUCAUUGGCCAGCACCUCGUGUUCGAAACAGCCCGUUGCAGCCAAUCACGGGACAAGGAUACACACCGCGGAGGAGGAAGAAGAAGAAGAGGAAGAAGAAGAAGACAAGGAAACGAACGACGCAGACGGACCUCCUCAUAAGAAGUUUCGCUCCCUAUUCUUCGGAUCGGUAAUUCCUUCGUCUUCUCAGAUGAGCACUCAGCCACUAACAUGUCAGGAGGUGCUGGCCAGCGACAGCGAGGAUGACACUUAAGUAAAGUCAUGCUGGACUCAUGGCUGAGAGGAGGGACAUGGCACUGUUACACUGUGACACCUGGAGUACUGUAAAAAUAAACUACAGGACGUUUUGAACCCUAAUUUUCAUCUUUACUGGCCUGUGUGAGUGUUACCGGGACCUGGUAAAAAUGCAGAGGACAUUUACUACAGAAUCCUGGAUUAUGUGAAAAAGGUCGUGAAGCACUUCCGGUUUGUUUUUGGACUGUUUGUAAAAUUGAGCGUUCCACCAAAUAAAACCAACGUGUUGUUUUUCAAA